GAACAACACAGGCCGUGGUUUGGUUGCGAGGAGAAACAGUCGACAGUCGCAAACGCAUCGCUGUUUGGGACUCGCCAGUUCGCCACUCGCACACAGUCGCGCGUAUCGUCGCGGUCGUACUUUCGUUUUAUUCGACUAUUCGACUAUUCGAGUUUCGAGUGUAGUGGAACACGUCACGUGGUAUAGAAGCGUUCGUGGCGUCGGGAAUGGAGUUUGUCGUUUUCAGCUGCUCUUCGAGGCGGCUGGGGAAUGGUCGCAUUUAGGGAUGCGAAUGAUGGGCUAGCAUUUUAACCUAAAUAUACAUAUUAAUUUUAGUGUAAAUUAUAACAGAAAAUCCAAUCAAUAUGACAAUUAUAGUUUUCCUUAUUGACACUUCUGCCUCAAUGAAUCAGAGGGCGUAUUUAGGCGGACGCCCCACGUUAUUAGAUGUAGCAAAGGGCGCCGUGGAGACGUUUGUCAAGGUUCGGCAGAGAUCGCAAGAAAGUCGAGGCGAUAGGUACAUGUUAUUGACAUUUGAAGAACCGCCAAUGAACAUAAAGGCAGGAUGGAAAGAAAACAUAACUACAUUUACAAAUGAAUUGAAAAAUUUGCAAUGUUAUGGUAUGACUACUAUGGGUGCUGCUUUGAAGCAUGCUUUUGACGUUUUGAAUAUAAAUCGUAUGCAAACUGGAAUUGAUACUUAUGGCCAGGGUCGAUGUCCUUAUUUCUUAGAACCUUCAGUAAUCGUUGUUAUUACUGAUGGAGGCAAAUUAUCUUCCAAUGGGGGUGUUCAUGACGAAUUCAAUUUACCGAUGCAUUCUCCAAUUCCUGGCUCUGAAUUAACACGAGAGCCGUUUCGCUGGGAUCAACGACUGUUUUCUUUAGUCUUGAGGUUGUCUGGUACACCUGCAGUGGAAAGAGACAGUGGCUUAGUUCCUAGCGAUUCCUCCCCUAUAGAUGCUAUGUGUGAAGUCACAGGAGGCCGUUCAUAUUGCAUUACAUCACAUCGGAUGUUAAUGCAGUGUAUUGACAGUUUAGUACAAAAAGUUCAAUCAGGAGUUGUUAUCAAUUUUGAGAAAAUAGGACCAGAUCCCCCCAGUUUAGAUAUAAAUAUGGACAUCGACUCGAGGGAUGGAGAGAAUAUACUAGAAGUAGAUGAAAGAAAUGGAUUUCGUGCUGGAAAUUUUCCAACUUGGCAAUCAUGUAGAAGAUUAAUAUAUGUUCCAAGAACGACGGCACAAAAAGGGUUUGCUAUUGGUUAUUGGCCUAUACCUGAAUCGUUUUGGCCAGAUCUGGGAGCUGCUGCACUUCCACCAAGAUCUGCCCAUCCAAAUGUGAAAUUUACUUGUACAAGCCAAGAACCAAUGGUAAUAGAGAAUUUACCUUUUGAUAAAUAUGAAUUAGAACCUAGUCCUUUAACUCAAUAUAUUCUAGCAAGAAAACAGCCUACAGUAUGCUGGCAGAUAUUUGUAGCUAAUAGUUCAAAAAGUGGAGAAAUUGGUCACCCAUUCGGGUAUUUGAAAGCUAGCACAAAUUUGAGUUGUGUCAACAUGUUUGUAAUGCCAUACAAUUAUCCUGUGUUAUUACCUUUACUAGAAGAAUUAUUUAAAGUACAUAGAUGCAAACCUAGUAAUGACUGGAAAACACAUUUUGGAAAUUAUCUAAGAACGAUGCCACCUUAUUAUGCAGCUCCAUUAAAAAGAGCUUUAAUUAGAAUGGGAGCUCCUGCACCUUUAGCAUCAGCUUUAAUUACUGAUUCUAUGGAAAAUUCACUAAGUUACUUAGUUCUAAAUUAUUUGAAACGUGCUAAAACACAAGCCAAAAUCGAAUUUGAUAAACUAUGUAAUGAUGUUAUCAGCAAACAGAAUAAUGGUAAACAUGGGGUACCAAAUGAAACAGUGCGAGUUGUUGCGAGAUCUCCUUUUAAAAAGGAUCUUCUGUCGCAUCCACAGCUCCAAGACAAAUUUUCACAGUUGAGAGAACAACUUAAUGAUUUUAGUGGGUUUGUUGUUAAUUUAUCGAAAUCUCGUCAAAAAAGUAGUUGUAGUUUUAGGAAUCCAUUUGAUAUAUCACGGAGUGUUUUAUUAGAUCAGGUUGUUCGUAUGAGGGCAAACUUUUUGCAGCCUUCUUUAUCUCAUACACAAUUAAUAGAUGAUGACAGCUUGCACUCAAUGCCUGUAGGUCAAAUGGGAAAUUAUCAGGAACAUUUGAAACGAAUGACACCACAAUUGCGAGAACUUGAAAGUCAACCUGUCAGACAACACAUGUUUGGAAAUCCUUUCAAGAUAGAUAAACGAAUGAUGGUGGAUGAAGCUGAUAUAGACUUAGUUGGAUCCACAUCAAAAAGCCCCAAACGUUUGACACCAAUGGAACCUGCCUCGCCUAGAAUAAACAAUAAGCGAAAAGCUGGACCUCUUCCAAGAGACUUCCGUUUUAGUAAACCUGAAAGUCCAAUUCACGAAACAUCUUCAUACCCUUCAAGUCCGUCUUUAUCUCCCUCCUCUCAUGUUUACACUCCUGCGAGUCCUAUAUCAUCAGGAUAUUCCAACCCUGUCUUAUUACCUCCUGUGUAUACAAUGAGCUCUGAAUUGAUUGCAAGUUUAGGGACUCCAGUCGUUACAAUAGCGCCGAUGCAAAAUUUAGAAUCUGGCAUUGUUUCUCCCUCCUGGUCAUCUUUAGGUUCUUCAAGCUUGUCCACAUCAAUUCAGACGUCAAACAAUUUACUUAAUCCUCUUGAUGAUAUCGAUCUACUUAAUCCUAUGAGCAGUCAAGAUUUGCAAGAUAAUGGUGGCAGAUUACAAAUAGAUUAUAGAUUUGUAAAUGGAGAUAGUAAAAACGUUCAAGCAGAAUCUACAAGAUCUCCUUCACCUACACUGCCUUAUAAUCCUGAACCAGGAAAUGGUGAUCGACCACUUCCAACAUAUUCUAAUCAUGUUAAAAAUAGUAGCAGUAUUGCAAAUUUAAGUCAAGAAAAACAAAUAUCAAUGAUACUUCAAGAAGUUAAUUCGAAUGGUGGAGAUUUUACUAAACGAUCUGGUUCAAUUAGUAAUAGUAAAAAGUCUACUAAUGGACCUGUGGAGGAGGCACCACGAAAAAAAAAUACAAAGCAGGAUUUGUUAGAUAUUAAAAAACAUAAUUUGUCGGUUAGGAAGCUAGUUUACAAAGAAGUUCGGAGACCUGGGAGAAAUUUUGCUCCACUAUUCGAUCACCUAGAAACUAUGCAAGGAACCUUAGAUGUCCGAGUUCUCUUAGUGAAAGAAAUCAUUAAGGAAUGUUUACGAUUUAAAAGAAAGACAUUAGCUAGUUUGUUAGAGGAAUUUUUAAAAAGAAUCCAGAAUGGAUUACAACCUAAAUUGAAGGAUCUUUAUCAAGCAGUUGCCAACAAGAGCUUAGUGUGAUACAUACUGAUAAUUGUUUUUAAUAUAUUUUUUAUUACAUUGUUAUAAAUAAAUAUUAUGAAAAUAUUUUUCAGAUUCUAAUAUGUUGUAAAUUAUUGUACAUAUUGUGUAGCUGAAUCUAGUUCAUUGACGAUAAAAUUGACUUGUCAUAUGGACAUACUAUAUAGAAAUUGAGACAUUGUAUACACGUUGACACAUUGUAUAGAGAAAUUGUAUAUGUACACACAUUAUGAUGUAAGACAUUGUUUAUUAAAUUUUAUACAUAUUAUUUA